AUGUCCCAACACCCAGACCUUUCCCUGCCCACCAGGGCUCCGUCCAUGGCCCGCUAUCACGACCAGCCUAUGACUCUACAUCCGGCAGCACUCUAUACACUCGUUGACUUGACUGAUGCAGAGUUUCAAGCUCUCCAGGAUGAGUGCGAAUCUGGCUGCCUCGAAACAGGCCACGAGCGGGGUACCAGCGUGCGACCUGCGCCACAAUCACGUUUUGUCGGUCAGCCUCUGCGCGCAGUCUUUGACUAUCAUGUUGGCCUGGGAGCACAAGACACCUUUGAACCCAGGUACUUUAUUGCUGCCGUCGAGAAAGAUUGGCGAGUCAAGGGUGUCAUCCUGGUAACGCUCGAUGACGAUGAUCUCGAGUGCAAAGUUGACAAGUUUCGCAUCAAUGCUGUUGAUUCUGGCCUAAGUAUAGUGAAUCUGCAAAUUGGAAAUUCUUCUUGGGAUGAAGAGAAGGAAGGCUACGAAUUGCAGCCCGAUGAUGACGAUGACAACGGAGAUGAAGACAACGACACCGACGAUGAUGGGAAUGACGGCGAUGGGCCGCCAGCACCAAUCAAGAACAUUCCUCUCGGCUACUACGUCCCAAUCUACAUACACGCAAGUCUAUCCGAAGACCAAGUCAUUGCCAACUUGGAGCCAGCAUUCAAACAAAAGUCACCCGAAAACUUUGCCUGUCGCGUUCAAGCCAGACUCACCCCUGGAACCUCUGCCCCAGAAACGACACCCACUCAAGACCUCAUUCAGCAAGCGGCUGCUCUACACCCUCAGCGCUGUAAAAAGAACAAGUAUCUCCACAAAACUCACAUACUCGUCAUUGAUACGGAUGACCCUGUUGAAAACGGCAUGCUCAUGGUCAAACUGCCCUCGUGGCACGAGAGUCACUCGGAGGCGACCGAAAAGCCAGCCUUGAACGACAUCGGCAGCCAACUAGCCGAAGCGACGCUCCAGAAUAUCCGCAUCCCGUAUUCCUGCCAUGACGGCUUACAGACGCGCUUCUUGAUCUUGGCCAACGGCGAUGCCGAGUGGCCGUCGGAGGCCGUGCGCGCCCAGCCCCUUUUUGUCGUAUUUCAGUACAACACACAAUCCAAGGAGCUUGGAUUCGGCGCCACUUCAAUUGAUCCCGACGCGUCGAAGCGGAAGCCGGGCGAGGAGAGAGUGGUGUAUGUGCCCAGCCUGAUCAAACAGCCUGGCCGUGGCCUAGAGAGGAUUGCAUGGAAUUAUGAUGAGGCUGUGAGACGCUUCCCUUGGUUUUGCCGAGAGAAACGUUUCGUUGAGGGCUUGGACAAGAGAUUCUUUGCGUGUGUAGACGGGAAUGAUGUGGUCCAGACGGGGCUGCUACUCGUACACCGAAGCUGGGAUGAGAAUGUCUGGAAUCGGACGCGUGACGAGUUGCUAGACUUGCCGGUCGAAGGCGUGAAGAAUGUGAGGGUCCCCAUCAAGCAAGCACUGGAUAUCCUGGAAAAGGGGAGGCAAGGCGAGACGGACGGGAUGAGUGAGAGCUUGAAAGAGUUCUUUUCCUAG